AUAGCAUAUCGCGAUACCUUUAAUAUUAUUCUACAUUGCAUAUAUGUGUGUAUGCUCCGGUCGUAACACGUUCCGCAACCGCAGCACUUAAACAUCUCGGACAGAAACAAGUCAACGAGGCCACUUAAUUUUUCAAAGGAGGAGGCCAUAGUUACUGUCGGAAAAGCUUUAUUGUUGAGGCCGACCCAUUUCGCCAAUCAACAUGUCUGGCAUGACCGAGGCAACGUCACAAACUGCAGAGAGUAUGAACGUUAAGCUCGCUCAGGAGUAUCAGCAAGGGCACCAGGAAGCCAAAGCUGCACUGACGUCUUCUGAGCCGUCGGUUGACCCUACCGGGGUGACAUCGGGCGGAGAGGCCAUUCAUGCUCUACCACCUCCUCCUCCUGGGCUAGCUGGUAGCAGCAGCGCGUCUGGGAAAAAUUUUGACGUCACUGUCAGCAACAAGGCUGGCUACCUUUGUCAUGUCCAUGUUACUGGCAACUGGCCAGUGCCCCCGGAGGUUCCCUUUGCAAUUUUUACGCAUCCAGAUAACUCGGCAAUUUUCCGUGACAUCCAACGAGUCGGCAGCCGCAAAGUGAUCAAGACCGAGCCGGGGUACAAGGAGGUGCAGGUCGAGCAGCUGCAGGACUUCCAGGUGCUGUGGCUGCGGCGCACCUACAGCACCUGGCUGCGGGUGGUGGAGGACACGCGCGACCCGGACUGCCUGCACAUCACAUUUGAGCUGCUGCGGAGUGACGUGUUGGCCAAGUUCGGCGGCUCGUGGCGGCUGGAGGCGGUUCGCGACCCCGCCAGCGGCCGCGUGGUGGGGUGCCGCGGGGAGCUGGUGCAGGACGUGCUGCCGAAGGGCAUGCCCUCCUUCAUGUCCCGGCUGCCCCUGCUGGGGGGCGCCCUGCGAGCCAUCAGCGUACGAGCCGUGACACGUGUCAUGGAGGACUUCAACACAGCGCUGGACAAGGUCCGCGCGGGCCACGCCUCCGGGCGCUCCACGGAGGCGGUGUUGCGGCAGCUGUGCGGCUCGGUGGCGGAGGCGGCGCACUGCAACGGAGCGGUCGCCAGCUUCGCAUUCGACACGGCGGAAGAGGAGGAGGAGGAGGAGGCGGAGGCAGGUGUGGAGGAGGGAAAGGGGACAAAGGAGGAGGGGGUUGCGGAGGCCAAGGGAAGCGAGGUACGGAAGGAGGAGGGGGCUGGGGCGGGCUCCUCGACUGCUAGUGAGGGAGUACCGACAGGGGUGGUGGUGGGCGAGGGUGCGGGUCUGGCGGAGAGGAUGGAGAAGCAGGCGGUGGUGUCUGCCCCGACGGGAAAGGGAGCGGCAGCAGCAGCAGCAGCAGCAGCGGGUGCGGGUGCGGUGUGUGUGGUUGCGGAGGCGGUGGCUGGGGGGGCGGAGGGGGGCGUGGAGGGUGCGUGAGCGCGGGGAAGGUGUGGUGUAGCGGUGUCGGUACGGAACGUACGCGGUAAUGGCUCGAAAGGGGUUUUGAUGUUUGAUAGUUAUGUGGUAAUCGUGGUGCUCGAAAUGUAGUCAAAUUGCAGUCGAAAGCGGCAGGGAGGGGUGCUCUAGAACUGGCGUGUGUGUGUGUGAGGUGGUCUGGAUUUUGGCUCUGCGGGGGUUGCUGGCCGUGUACUGUAGUGUUUAAGAUGGGGUGAUGUUUGUAGGGGAUUCGCAUGUUUCUUCUGCAUGGUUGGUUACUUAAAAGAGCUACUCAAGCCCCGCUGAAACGAGAUUUUGCCCUGUGUACGGCAUCUCACUUGUACGACAUCUGUUUGACUGGAAAUGGCGGUAUUGUGCCCUCAGUCAAGGGUUCUCCUGAAUUACACUUGUAUGGUACUCGGCGGGUACGUGAUGGGGCGAUAUUCCGCCCACAAGUCGCGGAUUGAUUUCACAACACAUCGCACUCUUGCGGUAUAUCCCACUUGGCCGCGGGCGAUAUUCGCCUGCAGUCAGGGGUUUCAACUGACACCUCGUUUGUAUGGCACGUUUGUUGGCACCCGCUUGAUUGGGCGUUAUUUUGCCUGUCAGGGGUUUUGCAACAGCAAUCCCAGAUAGCCGAGUAUUGCUGAUUAAAUUUGCUUGUCAUGCUGUUUGUUUUUGGAAUACUUGGUUUACUUGCUCUUUUCUAAGGUUUAAGGGUUCUGUCUUGUGUGGUACGGCUCUGGCGUCCGCACUACAGAGGGUUACAUGUAGACCUCUUCCACGGGGGGGGGCUGCGCUGAUGUGCUGGGGGGCUGAGCAGGGGGGUGCGUGAGAGAACGGAGUACAUAGGACCGCCGUCUCUGGGAUUGAUGAAUGCUGGUUUUGUACUUUCUUGCUUUAGAUGCGUGUAUGUGUGCCUUCGCUGUUUAUUAGCGGACUGCGCACGUACGGUAGUGAUGAUGUGUAGCUUGGGUCCGCAGCAUCGAGGUGUAGACCCAUGGGUCGGCCUGUGGGCUCAUGAAGCAGUGGGUAGGUAGUGCCGUACGUUACAACAGAUGGUUGUAAACCCACAGGGACCGGGUUCGUAUUUAAAACAAUUGCCGUACUGCAUCGCAUGACAUCGACUGCACACUCUUGAUGCUGCUGCCAUUGCGUAUGGAGCAAGCAUACGAUGCAACUCCCCGUGAAGGUAUAAUAUAUGCCAAUGAAU